UGUUGCAGUCCCCGGGUCCCUGCACAGGGCAGGGGUGCGGGUCUGGGACGGAUCGCUGAGGCGCUCGGGAAAUCCCCGCCCUGCGCUGCUCCGAGGAGGCAAGGCAGCUGUCUGCGAGGCCGGGCGUCUGCUGGCUGGGAUGCACCCCUGGCCCCAGUGAGAGGGAGGAGUCCCCCCACCACCACCACCUCCACCUCCACCUCCUCCCACCCUCCGUGCAGCGCAGAAUGAGCGCUGGCCCGCCCGCCGGCCGUGCCGAGAGUUGCUCAUGGGAUUGAUGUCUUGUUUACUGUACACAUACAACCAAUGCAGUGACUUUCCUGGAACUUAUUUUGAGCAGUAAAUGGAACCAGCUUGAUCUUUGGAGGAACUGAUUGGAAAGCCACAUCAAUAACAUGAGCUGGAGUUUCCUAACGCGUGUUCUGGAGGAAAUCCACAACCAUUCCACGUUUGUUGGUAAACUGUGGCUGACUGUCCUUGUUAUAUUCCGCAUUGUGCUGACCGUGGUUGGCGGGGAAUCUAUUUACUACGAUGAACAGACCAAGUUUGUUUGCAAUACGGGACAACCAGGCUGCGAGAAUGUUUGCUACGAUGCCUUUGCUCCAUUAUCCCAUGUGAGGUUUUGGGUGUUUCAGAUAAUACUCAUUGCGACCCCGUCCAUUUUGUACCUGGGUUAUGCUGUGCACAAAAUUGCUGCAAUAGAAGAUCCCGAAUAUGGUGCCAAAAAGCCAAAGAAACAUCAGUAUGCAGUGCAGUGGAAGCAGCAUCGUGGUUUGGAGGAGGCAGAGGAUGAUAACAUUGAGGAUCCCAUACUCUAUCCAGAAAUAGAGCUACGCAGUGAUAAGGAGAACAGAGAUCAAAAGAACCUGAACAAGCACGAUGGAAGGCGCCGCAUUAAAAGAGAUGGCCUUAUGAAAAUCUACGUUCUGCAGCUGAUUGCAAGAACUGUGUUCGAAUUGAGUUUUCUAGUGGGCCAGUAUAUUCUGUAUGGCUUUGAGGUGGCAGCAAGGUAUGAGUGUGCCCGGGAUCCAUGUCCCCAUCGGGUAGACUGCUUUGUAUCCAGACCAACUGAAAAGACUAUUUUUCUGCUAAUAAUGUACGGAGUAAGUUUCCUCUGUUUAUUUGUAGAUGUGUGGGAGAUGAUUCAUUUGGGAUGUGGAAUGAUAAGGGAUAUAUUAAAAAAGAAACAAAACUCUAUGGCAGAGACUAGUUACAGUCAGCCCUAUACCUGGAAUGCUCCUUCAGCUCCCCCUGGUUACAAUAUUGCAGUCAAACCAGAUCAGAUUCCAUACACGGAAAUUUCCAAUGCUAAAAUGGCUUACAAGCAAAACAAGGCGAAUAUUGCGCAAGAGCAGCAGUAUGGUAGCAACGAUGAAAACGUCCCAGUCAACUUGGAAAGUGUGCAGCAGCAGCUGAAAAUGGCCCAGGAGCAGUUGGACCUGGCUUUCCAGGCUUAUAAUGAUCACAACCAUCCUCCAAACCACUUAAGAGAAAAGAAGAAGGUGGGAUCAAACAAAAGUAGCACCAGCAGCAAAUCUGGAGAUGGGAAAACCUCGGUGUGGAUUUGAUAACAAUUUGUUUUGCUCUGCCAGUUGGAUAUAGACUCGAGGAUGACUUACUGCAGUUGUAUUAACUGUUCAUUUUGUUGAAAAGCCAUUGAAGAUGCAUUUCAUCAUGGUCAAAAUGUACAGUCUGUUACAGUAGUGUUUUAGUUCCUUCAAUGGAGGGCUAGGAUGGAACUUGUUGCAGAUUAAGUUUUGUUUUUAGUACUCUGCUCAGUGUGGCAGCUUCUUUUGCAAGGUAGAAUUUGGCAAUCUUUGAAUAUCCUUCCAGCUACUAAAUUGGUUAUUGAGUAUUUUAAAAAUGGAGCAGUGAUGCCACCAGUCAUGCUGUAAAUAUUAAACAAGUGCCUUUCCUUUUGUAUGAAGAGGGCAGCAGCAUACAAGAAACUGGGCAAUCAUAGCCAUAAUCGGCACUGCAGAGUCAGUGAAUCAAUGUUUACCAGAGUUGAGAGCAGUUUUGUGCAAAAGUUAAACACGAACAAGUACUUGUCCACAGUAAGUUGCUUCUAAUCCUUUGUUCUCACUCUUACUUACGUACAACCUUUCAAUGAAGGUUGUUUAUCAGUUCUGGAUUGCAACUUCAAGUAAGACGCACACAUUCUACUUGUUCUGAGAGUGGUGGCAGCUGCUUAAGAUUAUUGCCAUUUUUGAGAAAUAAUUCAAUUGGAUCCAAUUACAUUAGGUCUUCCUUGGUAUGAUUAAAAUUAGUGUUGGUGCAGCAUUCUUAUUGAACUUUGAUAGUUUACUGUGUAACCUAUUAUAGAAAUUCCUUUCUUGUUAAGGUAUCAUAAAUAACCACAUGCCUUCAGUUGUAAGACAAGACCAAAUGUAUCACAUAGUCCCUGAUUUGUAAUCGUGGAUUUAUUUAUUAAAUGAUUUAGCAGUCUUAUUAUAAGAACAGCAAGCGACCAACAUAAAAUCUUAAGCAAAAAAAAAACUGAAGGAACUCAGCGGGUCAAGCAGCAUCUGUGGAGGCAAAGUGAUAGUCGAGAUGUUUGACCCAGAAACAUCAACUAUCCCUUUGCCUUCACAGAUGCUGCUCGACUUGCUGAGUUCAUCUAGCAGUUUGUUUUUUGCUCCAGAUUCCAGCAUCUGCAGUCUCUUGUCUCCAUAGAAAACCUUAAUAUCGAUUGGGAUCAGAUUUUAAAUUUGCAUUAAGCAAAGACGCUCUGUAGCAAAUCAAAUCAGUUGAGAAUUUAAAGACUGAUCAGUGAUGCUGAAUGAUCCUUAUGGGGGCAUUCAAGUUCAGUCUAAACAUGCAUCGGGUAAUUUUGAAUUGCAUCUGGAGUAAAUGAUCGUGGUUCUGGGGCAUACAACUAUUGGUGUUCUGAUUUCAUUGUAGAAAGAAAAAAUAGGAACUACAACAUGUGCCACAACUUUUAAUUUGCUGUUGAACGUUCCACUUCUGAAAUUAUUUAUUGUGCAAACAGGAGGUAAUUACAAUUUAGCCAGGAGGAUUUCUUGGAGAAUAUUUCUAACACCUCCGUGCCUUUUCCAUUUUUCUACAGUGUUAAAUUGCCACAUGGUGAGCUUCCUCUAUUAUUUGCUAGAGUUGUCAGUAUGUUCCAACAAACCAUCAUAUUUAUUUUGAUGGCUUAAUUUUUUUUGUUAGAAUUAUUAAUCCAUUGUUUAUUAAAUGGUUGGAAAAGGCUUUGUUAGCGUGCAUACAUAAAAGGCAUAAAGUUCUUAAUCUGAGUAUUGAAAAUUUAAGCCUAUGUUUACAUGAUGUUCAUUAUCUUUUUGGAAAAAAAACUUGCCUUUCAGGGCACAUUUAGAGUAAAUUUAAAAUGCAGUGGUCCACGUGAGAUUAAAAUGUAAUGGUUCACUAAAGGUUAAAAUACAAUUCCAUGUAUAAGGGAAGAACUCUCUUUAUGUUUCAGAUCUUCUGUGCAACUUUUUUUAUUAUGUUUUGAUGACCCACCUUUUAUAGGGAAUAGAACUGCCAUUUUAAAAUCCACUGUCUUCAAAUAUUUGUGUCAAAAAUGAUUAGUUUUGACUUGCAAGGCACCAAAUGUACGUACUUGUAUUUUUAUACAAGAACAAGUUGUAACAUUCCAUUUGGUUGAUUGCAGUCUGUUGCAAAUAACCUUCUGCUGUAGGUAAGUGCUUCAGUGGGCUGAGAUGAUGCAAAAGAGCUGUAAAACCAAGAAAUUCUGCAGUUUGCUGUAGUUUUAUAUUUGAAUGGACAAUUUCACAUACACUUUCCAUGCCAAGUUAUCUUUUGUUAGGUUUAGGGAGUAGUUUGUUCUGGCCAUUUACAAUAUUUUAACUCGGCAUUCUGCAAUUUGUUCUGUUUUAUGGAUUAAAAGAUGCCUCUUGGUUCAGAGUGGUAUAAUGAUUUAAAGUUGAAGGUGUUUCCUCAAGACCCAUAUCACCUUUCUAUUUGGGGAAAUAUAGUUAAACAGAAUAUGAAAUAUUUUUCAAAGUUUCAAAGUAUGGAAAUUUAUAUAAUUGUUUUUGUAUAGUUAAACUUCAGUGAAAGGAAAGGAGUGGCAAAUGGGGGGGGGGAAUGUGCUUCAACGGGUCACUUAAUGGAAAAAAAGUAUUAUCUUGCAGAGUAUGAAACAAAAAAAGGUGCCUUUUUGUUUUCUGGUUACUUACUACGAUGGACUUGAUGCUACAUUCCAAACUCAUAAGGCACAUUUUGUUUUGAACUCGGAUUGUGUGUGUUUUUGGAGUUAAGGCUUCAAAUUGUGCUCUUCAGUUGUUUGAGGAAAUGUAACUUGUCAUUGCAUCAUCUAUGCAACUUAUCCUAGUUUUGUAUCAUUCAGAUGGAUGUUUUUUUUUACAGAAAAAGUCCACACAUUUGAAAAGAUUUUGUAUUAAAAGUUUUUUUUUGCAUGUUUCAAAUGUACUUUGGAAUUGUAACUACAAAUAGAAAUUCUGUUCUGUGUAUUGUCUGUCUCUUCUUGCCCUGGAGGGAUGUGCGAGUAAAACUCAAAAUAGUACUUUUCAGUGCUUGUGCAACUUCCAUGUGAGGUUUAAUGGGGGGAAGUGACUUAUAUACAGUGGGAUUGUUACCAAUCCAUAUAUCUUCAUUAAAUUUAUUCCUAUUUGUAAGAGUUUCACUUCAGACAGUGUUUUCUGUGUAUUUGGCCUCCGUGAAGUUAAAUUUGAGAGCCAAAGUAAUAUAGUAUAAAUGCUGCAAAUCCUGAAAUGAAACAGAAAAUGCUCUAAGUACUCUGCAGGUCAGGCAGUAUCUGUAGGAUUAAUGUUUUGAGUCAAUGAGAGUGCAUCAAAGUUGGGGGAAAAGUUACAGAUUUUAAGCCGGAGGAGGUGGUAGAGGCAGAUAAAAUUACAACAUUUAAAAUGCAUUUAGACAGGUACUUGGAU